AUGGAUUCUAUCCAACUUCAGGUUCCAAAGAUUGAGAUUAACCCACACGGCUUCGACUCCCUACAGUACUAUCAAGACCCAUUCCAUGAGAAUGUUUCAUUAGAAGAACAUCUACAGCUGGACAAUUUAUUUGAGUUCAAUUCAAUCCCUUUGGAAUGGAACCAGAACCAACAUCCCCACAUGGGUUUCCAAGGUUUUGAAGAUUUAGGCAGCUGGGAUUUCAUGUUGGACAAUACUGAUUUCACAUCACCUUGUGAUUAUGUUGUGGUUGAUGAAAAGCCUGUGACCACCAUGGUGGAUUCUUUUGAUUACUCUAAAAACCCUACAAGUGAUUUGGAUGAAGCUUCGAGAAUGGCUGACUGGGGAAGUAAUGGGAUUUAUCAUAAGAAGAAGUCUGCUGCAUUGGAAUUGGAUGAGAUACAAAAGUACUUUGAGCUCCCCAUCACUCAAGCAGCCAAGAAAUUGAACGUGGGAUUGACUGUUCUGAAGAGGAGGUGCAGGGAACUUAAGAUCAUGAGGUGGCCACACAGAAAGAUUAAGAGCUUGAAGGCUCUGAUUGAAAAUGUUAAGGGUUUGGGAUUGACCAAUGAGCUAAAGAUGCUGGAGGAGCAGAAAAGGCUUCUAGAGCAACUGCCAGAUAUGGAGCUGACAGAGAGAGCCAAAAAGCUGAGGCAGGCUUCUUUCAAAGCCAAUUACAAGAUGAAGAGGUCUUUGACCACUGCUCGUCCAUGA